AUGACGCUCAGUAUCUCGAUUGAUCCAGAUCCCCGCGGUUCGGACCACUCCUUUUCCGACCACGAGGGCUCGUCUGGUAUCCAUGUACCUAUACAUUCCGAUUUAGAAGAUCACGAGGACCAGGAUUAUGAUGAGUGGGCGCAUUUGCCAUAUCCUGAGGAAUUGAAACCACUUGGUUCAGCCUCUCGACCCAGAACUUCGCGCCUCGAUCGUCCAUGCAACAGUUCACGCUCUGCUUCGGGCCGUCGCCCAACAUCGCAACGUAUGGUUUCAGAAAAUCAGUCAGCUCUCCCUCGAGGCCAAAGACAACAAUCACUAGAUUCCUCAGAUAGUGCCGAUUCGGCCUACGAGUACCCUACCAGUUUUCGUCGAGAGCAUCGAAGAGGUUGGCAAGGAUCUGCGCCACCCGCACCUGGAUAUGCCCCCGGCCGGUCCUCUAUUCCAUCUUUCACUCCUUACCCGCCUCCUCCACCUAUUCAACGUCAAAUCAGAGAGAGGCCAAGGAUAAACACUGUAUCACCCGACUUUAUACUACGUUCCGGCGACCAAGCCAAAGAUGUCACCGUUCACCUUGACUUGGAUGCCGCCGUAGACAUCAAUCCGGAUCUAGAGUGUCUGUCUCGACUUAACAGACUAGGGUAUUUCAAGGAGGCGUCCCACUUUUUCGAGGAACGACUGGCAAUUUAUGUGGAUUUCUUCCCUGUUGUAGCCGAAUAUGCAGACCUUCUCCUAGAGCAAGGAAGCUUCGGCCAUCUUCACGAUUUCCUCUCUAACCGGCUGAAAGACCCUCGGGUAGAAUAUUCCGAUGAAGAGAUCCAGCUUGUGGAAGCCUGUUUGCGCAUUAUCGCAUAUGCAACCGCUCACUCGACUUUCUUACAAAACGAAACUUUUCGAAUUCUCUUGGAGUGGAAUCCGACGCCCCCAGUCACAUCGACCUUAUCGGGGGCCCUCCACUCCCGUAAAUUGUCAAGGAGACAUUUAAAGAAGCCAUCUUCCCGUUCUGAUGACAACUUGACAUUUAAUGCCGAGAUAUCACAAGAUCCUGUGAAGAACACCCCAAAACGAAAAUAUCCUCGACUAGGCGAAUGGUAUCGCUUUUUAGUCAGGGAAGGCUUCUUAUGGGAAUCACACCGGAUAUUACGAGCCAUAUUGCCAUUACUUGGGGAUGAGCUUUGUGGCCAGUAUACCGCCGAUGGGACGUUAGAAGACUUUGCCGAUCUAGACGAGUUAUCCAGAGCACCGGAUAUAUUUGUUGGACAGGAGGGAAUAUCAAGGAACGAUGAACAGCUUCUUUUCACCGAGCUUGCCAAUGCCUCUCUAUUUACGGCAUUUUUCAACCUUCAGACCAGCCCCAAAUUUGUCCUAGCAAUUCAACGUCAAUUUUCCAAGAAGGCACAUUGCCUAGCAACGUCCAUACUUUCGACAUUUCCCCAUUUAAUCAACACUCGACCAUACUUAAGUUGGGUGCUCCUUGAGGCUACACGAGGGCUAUGGAUGGGUAUCCCAUUCCAACCGUCGGUCAUUCAGUCAAGGCUUGCCGCUCGGGUAUGGUCUCAGGACUCUGCCCCUAGACGCCAAUAUCUUCAACCAAGUGACUUGGAGACCGAGUCAGACCUCUCUCAGCCGGAGCAAGCAACCAUAUAUUCCAAUUGGACCAUCGAGAGCAGGCUGAAGAUUCUUUCCCAGAGCGCUAAAGAGAUUGGAGACUACCAUCUACAACAAUCCAUACUCCAAUAUCUCGUUCAAGCCCCCUCCAGCCCCCAAAGACGCCUCACUAUACUGCAAGAUCUGUCUCAAUUUUGUCAUAAAAAAAUGCAAGAUAUUGCCGGUUAUCUUCAAAGUUUAGUCGAUGAAUACGCUCCACCCUACAACCACAACUUCACCGAUGUGAGCAAGAAGCGCCUAACACUCCACCGCCUCUCUAAGUUUGACAAUACCUUCCCCUCACGCUUUGAGUACGAUUCUGAAGCGCGACAGAGUCUAAAUAUUGUUUUCUUCGACCUCCCAUCCCUAGCUUGGUUGAGACUUAAAGUACGGUAUGACCUGCUCAAGAGUCUGGACCGCAAUAUAGAAGCCGAUCUGUCAACUGUAAGACUGCGUCAUAUCGAGGAACAUGUCCCGAGGCAUAUGUUACCCGAUAAAGGUAGCACUCCCUCUAUAUGUGUCGGAUGUGUAGACUGUGGCGGCUCAGCAAAACAGCCAUCCCCGGUGGAAGGGAUUAACCCUACAACGUCUGGGGCCUCUUUAGCUACACCAUCGCUCGGCACAUCCCCAUACAAAGUACGUCGAGCCCUUGCACAAGAACGCCAUGAAUCUCAUCUCGGCAAAGAUGAUGUAGUGAGAAACCUGGAAAAGAUAAUGAAGAAAGAUUGA